AUGUCCGCCAACCUCAAAAAGGAUCUCCCUUGGGAGAGUAGCAUUCUUGGGAUUCUCUAUAAACAGCUUUUUGUCCACCCCAAGCCUCUCCCCACCAGACCAUCACUCAAUGGACGAACGGCUGUGAUUACAGGCUCCAAUGGCGGAAUCGGCUUCGAAGCGGCGCGGCAACUUUUCCAGCUUGGCUUAUCACGACUGAUUAUGGGCGUGCGCUCUCAAGCAUCCGGCGACGCCGCAGCUGAGAAGCUGCGCGCAGAGUUUCGUGGUGCUGAUAUACAAGUUUGGCUACUGGACAUGGCAGACUAUGGAGACAUCGACGCCUUUGCCAGGCGGUGCCGCGACCUAGACCGCAUCGACUACGUUAUUCUCAAUGCUGCGAUGCAGAGCAGCAUAUUUAAACGUCAUCAUACGACUGGUCACGAAUUGGUAUUUCAGGUCGAUUACCUCUCCACUGCCCUCCUGUGUAUGCUGCUUGCGUCCGUGCUGAAGGACCAGUCUCGUGUCGGAGCAGUGACCAAACCGCCUGUUCUUACCGUUGUGGGCUCGGACACCAUGUACCUCAGCAAGUUCCAAGCCGCAGGACCUAUUUCCCCCCGUAUGGACGACCCAACGGGAUACGACAGGAUGAGACAGUACAUGGAUUCGAAGCUGCUGCUGAUGGUAUUUGUUCGCCAACUGGCUCGGCAAGUGAACCCGGACGAUGUCGUUAUAAACGUCUGCAACCCAGGCAUGGUGGCCGGAACUGGCCUAGGAAAAAACGGGAAGCCCAACCCCAGUUUCGCCGAAAAGCAUGUGGUCCCUGUAUUUGUCAAGGCGCUCGGACGGAAGGUCGAAUCUGGCGCAAGCGUCUAUGUUCAUGCCCUCUUGGCCGAGGGCCAGAAAAGUCAUGGGAGCUUCAUCAGCGACUGGACUAUCAAACCCUACGCGGGGUUGAUGUAUACUAAGGAGGGUCAGGAUUUGAGCGAGCAUCUGUGGAAUGAGACAAUGGAAGAGCUGGGAUUUGCGUCGAAGGGCAUCAGACAGUUGUUUAGUUAG